CUGCGGCGCGAGGGCCGCGUCGGCAUCUGGGUCGCGGCCGACGGCGGCGAGGCCAAGAUCGCGGCGAUCGGGGUGCGGGUCCGCCGCUGGGUCACCUUCCACGGUGUCUCGCUCAACGUCGCCCCCGACCUCGCCCACUACCGGGGCAUCGUCGCCUGCGGCAUUCGCGAGCAUGGCGUCACCUCGCUCGCAGCCCUCGGGGUCGAUGCCACGAUGGACGAGGUCGAUCGCGCGUUGCAGCGCAGCUUCGAGGCGGUGUUCGGCGGCUGA